GAGGUGAGAGGGCACGGGAGAUGCGGGAGAUUGUGACUGUAUCGCAGUCUCAGAGGAGCAACCACCUGGCGACGCAGUUCUACAACUGCCAGGACUCGUUGAUUGAGUAUUCUAGGUGGAAGGAGUCGAGAAACGACCCUCUGGUGCACUUCCGUGCGACGGUGACGGCGUCCACGAUCUCUUUCAAUCCACGGGCGCUGCUGUGGGAGCUGAGUGGUGGCUACGGUGCGCUGGGACAGUACGAGUACUUUGGUGGUGACUGUGGUGACUGUGGCGAGGAAUUGGAGCAGAGGCACGAGUCAAUUGUGCGGAAGCCGGUGGUGAAGAGUGCGUACCAGGUUGCGCUUGAUAACGGUACACAGGCCCCGAAGCUGACGAUGGAGUCGACCAGGUACUGGUCUGACUACUCCAGGGUGAUUUACGAGCCUAAUUCGUUCAGUACUCUGACCAAUUGGGAGUUUGACCCUGAUGAAUGCCCUGAAGGCCGGCUGGCGAUGGGGAAAGAGAGGUCGUUCAAGGGGUUCGACGUGGGAGUGGAAGAAUGGGCCAAUGUUGGAGAGGACUUCCUGGAGGACAAGCUCAGGGUGUCCCUGGAGCAUUGUGAUCUGCUCAAUGGGCUGAAUAUCGUCACAGAGCUCGACUCGUCGUGGGGAGCGUUCUCCUCUGAGCUUGUAGAGGCGAUCAGAGACGAUUAUAGUCCGAAAAGCUCUAUAGUGACAUGGGCCAUCCACAAGCCUGGCUCACAGAGGCUGGCUCUCCAGGAACGUCUUGAUAGAAUCAAGACGUUCAUGGCAUUACAAAGAAGCUGUACAGCCUUUAUACCCUUGUCAGAGAUGGAUCAAGAAAGUAUGUGGAUAAGUGCAGCUAUUCAGUGUAUUCCAUUUGACACUUUCCAGACGAUGAACUCAGAAAAGGCACAGGCUGGAAUGAAUUUCCAUACUAUGCUACAGUCACUGUCACUGGGAUCAGAUCGUCACUUGGUGUCUGGAGUCAAUGCCACCAACGGUGAUGAUGCCUGGCAAUUCAGUGAUUUGCUCUACAACGGUGAGGACAGUGGGCAUAGGUUCAGUGAGAUGAACAUCACCAGGCCUGCCAGCGAUGGCUCUUCACUGGAUCACCAACCAGAGGAGGUUGAUAGAACAACUACUAAUUAUACCAUGGAACAGUGCUUCAAUCCGCCUGAUUCUUAUCCUGAAGGGCUGAUAUCCUCUGAGCAUCCUAUGGGAGUGACAUUCAGCGUAGAUAAAUCAACGAGGGCCAAGCUGGUCGACAUGAGGAAAUGUGUCGAACGUCUUCUUCGUCAUGGUGAUGAGAGACAUGGUCUGGUGGAUGAGCUGGAUACACUGGCUCAGAGGUAUGAGCAUGGCUGGGAAGACGACGAAGAGGACUUUGACGAUUGAUCUCUGUCAAUUGUAAUUACCAGGUGUUCCACCACUUACAACACAUAGCCUAAUACACGGUUCCUUUAGAUCAUGGACGUUACAUUAGUAAUACAUACAACCAGC